AAAAUUGUGAAUGAUCCGCCAUGUCGCAUUAACCUAACAAACCCCGCCGGCGCAUCCGCACGAAACUCAGGGGUUGUCCCUCGGUGUCUUCUACCCGACUUAUGCCGAGAUUAGCUUGUCCAAAUAAAACGCAAGGUUCCUCUCUUCCGCUUUCCCUUUCUUCCAAGUCUUCCACAUUUAUCGUCGAUUCUAACAGAUUCUAUAACUAGUUGGAAUUUGGAAAACCUUUAAUCCUCUAGAAUUCUGAGAAUGGCGGAAAACUCAGCUUCCUCCUCUCCCCCGAAGCCCCUCCAACCUCCAAAUUGCGGUGGCGACCAAAUUUCCCCUUCCAACCCCCAAAAUUCCACUCUAUCCUUUUCCGUAGUUGCUCCCUCCCCUUCAGCCAUCGAUCACCCUCAGGUCUCUUCUGCCCAGCUCGUCCAAUCCCAGCCCCAAAUUACACCCUCUGGAGCCCUAGAUUUCCCGCCGAAACCGUCGGCGACGUCUCAGCAGCAAAGCAGUAUUAUGUCCCCUUCUUCCAACUUCCAGAUGCAAUCGGCUCUCCAGCGAUCGGGAUCCAUCUCACGAAUGAACCAGCUACAGCAGCAGUUUGGCACAGCUAUGGCAACCGGGGGCCCAAUUAGGCCGGGUAUGUACGUUGGGCAGAUGAGCUUUGGCGGGCAGCAGCAGCAGCAGCAGUUGGGCGGUGCAGUGGCUCGGCCAGGGAUGAUGAGUCAGGCGGGGCAACUCUCCAUGCUUCCUAGUCAGGCUGCUGCACAUUUUAAUAUACAGUCUCAGAUGCUGACUCAGCCUAGACAGAAGACAGCGAUGCAAGGUGCUCAGUUCCAUAAUGCAAAUUCAUCAGGACAGGCAAUGCAAGGUAUGCAGGCCUUAGGUGUUAUGAGCCCCCUUACUUUAAAUUCACAGCUUAGAGCUAAUGGGCUUCUCUCAUAUGGGCAACAACGUCUUACUCCUGGUCAACUCCGACAGCAGCUGUCCCAACAAGGAGCUCUCACUUCUCCUCAGAAGCUGAUUGGUCAAGGCUUGCAAAGAGGGUCAUCUGUUGCAGCAACGAGUCCUCAAAUCUCUGGUUUAACUCAAAAUGGGCAGUCAGCAUUGGGACAAGGCAGCAUUUCACAGCAACAGUGGUUAAAGCAAAUGCAAGCAGGGAUGCCCUCUCCAGUGUCUCCAUCUUAUCAUGUUCAACAACAGCAGCAAAGGCAGCAGCAAGCCUUUUUACCUCAGCAGCUCUCCUCCUCUCAGCUUCAUCAAAAAUCCUUGGGUCUGAGCCAGCAGCACAUUUCUCAACUGGUACAACAACAAGCACAGUUGGGGACUACUCAACAACAUCAGGCACAGUUGCUUCAGCAGCAGCAGCAGCAGCUGCAACUGCAACAACUGCAGCAGCUUCAGCAGCAUCACCAGCAGCACCAGCAGCAGCAAUCUCCUAAGGUUCUAGGCUCUGCAGUUUCAAAAUCUUUGAAAGGAUCACAAUCAGGUACUAACAUGCAUAGUGAAAAUUCAAGCCAAGGAACAGAAGCAAGCAAUCAACUUCUCGGGAAGAGAAAAAUACAAGAUUUAGUUUCACAGGUUGAUUCAUCAGGUAAGUUAGAUCCUGAAGUUGAAGAUCUUCUUUUGGAGUUAGCGGAUGAUUUCAUUGACUCGGUUACCACAUUUGCCUGCCGUCUUGCGAAGCAUCGUAAAUCCUCAACUUUGGAGUCCAAGGAUCUUUUCUUACACUUGGAGAAAAACUGGCAUCUGGCAAUUCCAGGAUUUUUACGGGAGGAGCAGAGGAACCAAAAAGUUAUUGCUCCAAUCGAUGUGCACAAAAAACGGCUUGAACUGGUGAGGGCAUUGAUGGAGUCGCAACAGUUGGAAAGAGAUCCAGCCAUUGGAAAAGUCACAUUUAAACAGGCUGGAAGCAAUUCAUCCAUGGAUCGGAUGAUAAAAUCUUCACCUCCUUCAGAGUUGCCGUCCAUUCCUGCAAAUAGCUCCCAUGUUUUGCAGAAAAUACCACGAUUUUAGUAAUUCUUCAUCUUGGAAUGCUACUCCUCCAUUGCGUUCUGUUCUGGUGAAAAUUGAUGGGAAAAAAGCUCAACCACCUCAUUUCUGGAAGCUGUAAUUUUAUUCAUUCGUGGAUGGAAAUGUUCUUGGCUGUUCAAUAGCAUCACUAGCCUAUCAGGUUGGCAUGUUCAGCUGUUUUGGUGUAAAUAAAUAGGAAUUGAGUGUAGUGGGUAAAUACUAGCCUUCUUCAUAUCCGCUCAAGGAUGUCUGCAUUGUAAUCAGUAACAGCUGCAGUGUCCUUCAGAUCAUUGGUGCAUAGAGCUGUUAGGUUAUAAAAAAUUGAACAGACAACUUUGGCAAUCCACUUCAGCUUGUUUAUGUGUGUAUGUAUAAUGGUGUUAUGAAAUUUUUAUUCUACAGAUGAUGAAUUUUCAUCCAGCUUUCUCAGAAGCUUUACUC